AUGAGGGUCCAGCGCUGGUUCAUUAAGGAAUAUUUCUCAAUACAGCUUGAGUGUAGGGAUAUUCAGGAGGCCAGGAGAAUUGGAAAAAAAGGAGAAAAAGCUCGGCCAAUAAUCGCCACUUUUUCGACCUUAGGUCUCAAAAUAAACUUGUACAAACAAAGGAGGGUUUUGAACGACACCGCGUAUUAUAUAAAAGAGGACUACCCACAGAACGUCCUAGAAAAAAGAAAACAGUUACAAGAGCAAUUGCGCAUCGAGAAAGAGAAGGGAAACUCAGCCACAAUUAAAUACGACAAACUCGUUAUACGCAGCAAGAACCCGAACUCUACAAACAACAAUAAAAGGAUGCUCUCACUGUCACCUGAAAGUAACGUAUCAUCCCAAGAAGAACCCAAAGUACAGGCUAGCAAGAAAAACAAGACUCAAGAGCCGCUUAAGAGGACAUCUAGCCUAUCCGAGGGAAUUGUCAAACCAGGCAUGCUGAACUAUUUAGUCCCCAGGAACCCAGCCAACACACCAAAACAAGACAGCACAAACAUUGUUUUAUAG